AUGUCCGACGUUGGAGAUCUUUUCGAAGAUGUUUCCUCACCACCGGCCAAAGAUUCUGAAGAUACUCCUGCUCCAGAGGCAUCUUGCAUUGUUCCCACUAGAGGCACACUGCCAGGAGCUUUCAAGAAGAAUAAAUUCCCCCCAGCUACAAAAAGGCUCUUUUUCCCCAUUAUUCCAGAUGGUGGAGGACUGAACUGUUUAGCUCCUGCAACUGCCGGAAUAUCCGCCGCAUCCUUCUUCAAGACGCUCCCACUUGAUGCCUUGCGUGUUCCUGUGGACGAUAUAGUUAGAACCUCGCACGAGAAUCUUGUGAACCUCCAGGAACUGUACAUUGGGUCAAGCUCGGUCAUUCUUACAUACGACAGUUGGGGUAUCUCUCUGCAGGAGAUCUGCCGAGCCUCCAAUAUUUUCGCUGGCAACGAGAGUGCGGUUGCUACCAUCUGCAAGGAGACUCUGAAGGGCCUCCAAUAUGUACAUGAUGAAAUCGGUAUCGCGCAUGGAAAUAUUUCCUGUGGAACUGUCAUGCUGACCGAGAGUGGACGGGUGAAAAUUGCGGACGUCGGUGAUAGUAUGCUUCAAAAUCAUGAUCCCGAGGAGAAAAUCCAGGACUGUCAGGCUGUCUGCCAAAUGGCGAAGGUGCUUCUGCAGCUUGGCACCGCAGACAAACCGGCCACGACACUAUACCUGGAAGCCGAGAAUUUUGCAAAUGCACCGUUUGGAACCACAAUCGAGGAGUUAAUUAACCAUCAAUUCCUCAAUAGAGGGGUCGAAUCUCGAUCUUUGCAACCUUUUCCACUCCUCCUGAGAAUUUUACACUCCCGAUCCUAA